AUGAUGGUUAUGAUGUUACCCAAAAAUGGUCCUUCUUACAUCUCCACACCUCAUCAGCUCCUCAGACAUUUUUUCCCCCUCUUCUCUGAUUUCACACUAGCUGCAGUCACUCUUUCUGCACCCCCAGUGUCCUGCCUUCUCAAGCAUUUUUAUAUCCUGGACUUUUUGCAUGCAGUGAUGUAAAGGGAAUUCUCAAUUUAGUUUUGUCGUAUGAUGAAUCAGAGACACAAAUUAAGAGUCCAUGAGGGAUACAUAUUUCAAGUGAAAGAUGCAUAAAAAAAGAUCUUCGGCAAGAAACCAGUGGUUUAUGCAAAAUCCUUUCCAAAUGAAACAGAGAAAAAAAUUUGUAAAAGUUCUAAAAACUUUACAAAAGUGAUUGUGUAG